UACAUUUUGAAUGAUGUCCUUUACUUCUGGUCUUCUGUCACUCUGUAAAAAUGCAACCAAACAUCAAAAAGUUUUUUCAGAGGAACAUUAAACAGACCUUCAAAAGGAGGUCAUAAACAGUUUUAACCAACACGGUUUUCUCCCCUUUUCUCUUCCAGAUUUGGUCGCCAACGAGCAACUCAAAUACCCAUGGUUAUUAUGCUCAUUUUUACUGUAACGACAGGCUUGUCUCCAAACUUUUAUUUGUAUAUGGCAUCCCAGUUUUUAGUAGGGAUCGCAUAUGGUGGAUUUCGAAUCAACUGCAUUGUAUUAGCAACUGAAUGGGUCGGAGUGACAAAACGUUCCUAUGCGUCUUGUUUGAGUCAGACGUUCAGUGGAGUUGGCCAGUGCAUCCUUGCUGGCAUGAUCUUCUUCAUCCGAGACUGGAGACUUGCCCAGUUUGUCAUGGCUGUACCAAUAGCAGUGGUCGCAGUGUACAUAUGGUUUAUUCCUGAAUCAGCCAGGUGGUUAUUGGAUCAGGGGAAAACAGAGGAAGCUAAGAAGUUGAUACUCAGGGUAGCAGCCAUCAACAAACGCACAGUUCCAGAUACAAUUCUAGAGAAGAUAGCUGAGGAGAAAGUUGUUCAGAAGGGAGGCAUACUCAUUCUCAUCAGAUCUCCUGUACUUAGGAAAUACUUCUUAACUAUUACUCUUGCAUGGUUCUCGUUAAACCUCUCCUACUACUGUCUGUCCUUUAACGUUGGAAACUUUGGCCUGGACAUCUUCUUGACACUGCUCUUGUUCGGACUCACAGAGAUACCAGGUCAUAUACUCUGCAUCUUUAUACUGGAAUAUUUGGGGAGGAAGAUAUCCUUAAUGGCCACCCUUAUGACUGGCGGAUUCACAUGCUUCCUAAUCCUGGCUGUUCCACAAGACAACGCCGUUGCUAUUACUGCUCUUGCUACUGCUGGGAGGUUUUUCAUGAACAAUGCUGGAUCCGUAUGUAACGUCUAUGUUCAGGAGCUGUUUCCCACCUCUGUUAGACAAACGUCCACAGGCUUGGGCUCAAUAGCGACCAGAAUUGCUGGAAUACUGUCACCAAUGCUCAACAUAUUGGCCACAUACCAUUGGUCUAUCCCCACGAUCGUGUUCAGCAGCCUGUCAUUGGUUGGUGGGGCUCUGGUCUUUCUGCUUCCUGAGACCAGGAGGACAGAACUACCUGACUCUACAGACGAGGCCGAGGGGAAGAGAAAUGUGACUAUCGCCAUGAAGAUAGACAAAGGCUGCAAAGUGGAUGAUUACGACUCUGAAAAAUCUACCAAACUAUAAAGUCAUGUUUAUGUAAGUCUUUUUUCUGGGUAAAUUUAUUUUCAAGGCUUAGUUAGUAAGACAGUUGGCUGGUGCAUGGUUGUUGUAACACCAAGGUUUUGAAUUUGAUUCCUGGAUGGGCCACAUAACUUGCUGUUUUUAACUUUGGCUUAUAGAAUUAAAAAAUGUUUACUUUACUCUUUUUGUAACUCUCAUCACUAGCUAAA